AUGCGAUCGACUACAACUUAUCCAGCCCUAUUGGGGUUAUUCGGUACGUUGAGUGUUUUAGGUGCACCUGCACCCAUACCUCAAUCUGCUUCAGCUUCAAGCGCUACAGGAUCUGUCGCAGGAGGCGGCGGAUCAUCUGGGUUCAGCUAUACAUGUUCUGGUGAGAAGGACUGGACCGACGCCUCCGGAAACGCAUAUAAAUGUCAGGGAGAUACCGUCUGUAAGGAUGGUACACCGGGCGGUCCAUGUGUCUGGCCAGAGGGCUACGGCGCAGGAUCAGUCGCACUCGUACAAACCGAUGCCGGCGGAAGUGUGCCAUCCGCCAUCCCCACACUCCCAUCCAAUAGUGCACCCCUCGGUAGUUCUGUUCAAUCUUCGGUUGCUGGAUCAUCACCUACCGCAACCAGUGUAGUAGCAGGUGCCAUUUCCUCCACCAUUGAAGAGUCAGGUGCUUCGUCUGUGGCGGGAUCAGCUACUUCAACAGCUUCCGCCUCUGUACCUACCUCGUCAACAGUAUCUGGUAAUACCACUACCUCGUCUAACUCCACCACUUCCUCUUCAGGUUCUGCACCAGGUGGUACGAGAUUUGUUGGAUAUUGGGAGAAUUACUCCAAUCUUGGUGGAGUUGAGGCUACACAAAUGGACGGCAUCACCCAUGUUAUCUUAUCCUUCAUCGACAUGAGCUCUUGGAGUGCAUCCAGCGCCUCCUUCGCGGAAUCUUCCAACGGUAACUUUGACGCUACUACCGCUGAUACACUUAGGGGUAUGAGCUCUGGCGUCAAAGUCACUGCUGCCUUGGGUGGAUGGGGGUUGGACGAACCGAUCAAAACUGCUGCCGAUGGUGGGGAAGCCGCUAUCAAGACGUUUGUACAAAACGCUCAAAGUGUAGUCAAACUUUUGAACCUCGAUGGUUUGGAUCUUGAUUGGGAAUUCCCUACUGCCGCUCAACAACCGGCUUUCGUCUCAAUGGUCAAACAGCUCAAAGCUGCUAUUCAAGAAAUCAAAUCCGAUGGUAUCCUCAGUGUAGCCAUUGGCUCACGAACCACUCAAAAGAGUCCUACUACCGGCGCUAUGGACGUGGACGCCAUGACUUCGGAUACUUUCAGUGAACUCAAUGACGUGGUUGACAUGUGGAAUGUCAUGGCUUAUGAUUUCGUGAACAGGUACGAUACCAAGACAGGCCAUCAAUCAGGUGGUAAAGUCGUUGAAGACACCUUGAAAUUCUACGAAGGUGUAGGAAUCGACUUGCAAAAGAUUAAUAUCGGUUUCCUCAACACUGCCAAAUACUUUACUCUCACCGAGACCUGUUUUGCCUCUGAACCUAUUGGAUGUCCGAUGGGAGGAGUGGACUUCUUCGAAACUGGCGGUAAAGAUAAUGGUAAAUCUGGUUGGUUGAGAUACAAUGCCGAGUUGGAUCAAGGUCUAGGUGAAUACGCCGCGAUCAAUGCCGAGAUGAGAUCACAAUCUUGGGCAAACAAACCUGACGACAGUCAAACGGCCUUCCAAGCUGAAAAGGCUCAUGCCUGGUAUGACGAAGCCAAGAAGGUCUUCUGGACAUGGACUACAGCAGAUGAUAACAAGGCGAUCUGCGAGGAGUACAAGUCGAAAGUAGGUGGAAUGUUCGUAUGGUCAAUGAACCAGGAUGAAAAUGGGAAAGCGGGUGGAAGUCAUAUGCAAGCUCUGGCUGAGUGUGUGAAGGGUUAG